GGCCGCGGGUCGGGCGUCGGAAGCGGCAUGGAUGGAUGCCGAACCGCGUAGAUCAAUGCAGAAACGCGGCCGUCGAAGGCGAUGACCACCUGGUGGUGGAGGUGCCGGAAGAGGAGGAGGAAGAAGACGAAAAUAUUAGGAGGUAGAGAAAGAAAUAGUCAAUCACGAUGAUUAUGGCUGGUCGAGGACAUCAUCAGCGAGCAAACGGCAGUUCCAGGACUACGGCCAGGGUCCACCUGGACCCUUGGAAUCUUGAUCCGGAACUUCGACAUCAUAUCGAGAACUGUCCAUGUUCUUGUGAUCAUAUGGGAUAUGGAAAUUUUCUUGAUUAUCAGUCUUACCAACAACAGGAUCUUCCAGUACGCGAAACUUCUUUUGGUUUAGCACCCCACUACUUCAAUAACGUCAUCCAUCAGCACCAUCACUACCACAAUCGUUACAUCGACGAUUACGAGUAUCAACCAUCACCGUUCGAUUCAUGUUCUUGUAGCAGUGACACUGAUGAUUCAGAUUCGUCGAGAAGUAAUUUACGCGGUCCUUGGUGUGUUUGUUUCGUCGUUUGCGUUAUCGUUGCCACAUUGGGUGCCGGUUUGGGAAUCCCACUCGCUUUAAAUCCACAAUAUGAUUUAAAAACGCCCGAAGAACGUCUUCAAGCCGUUUAUAGAGUACUGAAAGAAGCUCCACUUAUCGAUGGUCACAACGAUUUGCCGUGGAACCUUCGAAAAUUUGUUCAUAAUAAACUGGGCGGUUUAAAUUUAAGUUCAAUAGCUGAUAAGGAACCAUGGUCAUUAAGUAAAUGGUCUCAUACUGAUAUACCACGUUUGAAAGCUGGUUUAUUGGGUGCUCAGUUUUGGUCAGCAUAUGUGCCUUGUAAAUCUCAACAUUUGGAUGCGGUUCAGAUCACACUUGAACAGAUUGAUGUUAUUAGAAGAUUGGUCGAGUUAAAUACUCAGCAUUUUGCACUGGUUUUAACAGCUGAUGGUAUUAAAGAGACUCAUAGAAAAGGAAAAAUUUCAUCAUUAAUCGGUGUCGAAGGUGGACACGCUCUUGGAAAUUCUUUAGCGAUAUUAAGAACAUUUUACAAUUUAGGAGCUCGUUAUUUAACGAUAACACAUUCGUGUGAUACACCAUGGGCGAAAGGAUCCAAUUCAAAGAAUAAACAAGGCUUAUCACCGUUCGGUUUGAGUGUAAUCAAAGAAAUGAAUCGACUCGGUAUGAUUAUUGAUUUAUCUCAUACAUCUGUAAAUACAGCAAAAGCAGCUUUAAAUGCCUCAAAAGCUCCCGUUAUUUUUUCACAUUCGUGCGCGUUUUCUUUAUGUAACUCAACGAGAAACGUUCCCGAUGAUAUCCUUCGUAUGGUCGCUGAUAAUGGUGGCGUAGUGAUGGUAAAUUUUUAUACAUAUUUAGUGACAUGUAAUGAAUCUGCGAAUAUUAGUGAUGUUAUUAAUCAUAUAAAUCAUAUUAGAACCGUUGCUGGUAUAAAACAUGUUGGUUUAGGUGCGGGUUAUGAUGGAAUUAAUAUGACACCGAACGGUUUAGAAGACGUUUCUAGAUAUCCUCACCUGUUGGCUGAACUACUGCAAGAUCCCACGUGGAAUGAAAAGGAUAUAGCGGCUUUAGCGGGUUUAAACGUUUUAAGGGUCUUUUUAGAAGUCGAAAACGUUAGGGAUCAAUGGAAAAUGGAAGAUGUGUUACCCGGUGAAGAAUCUGCACCUCCAGUUAAAUCGACGUGUACUUCGAUCUACUCUUGACCCACACCAUCACUGCCAGUUAAGUGUCAAAUUAUAUAUAUUAAGUGGAUUUAAUUUUUUUAAAC